AUGGGAACUUCUGGACCUAAGGAUGAUGAAGUCUUUGUUGAGUUCCAUGGAAUUCUAAUGGAUAAAUAUUUUGUCAAAUAUUGGGAUGAUGUUGAAGCAUUCUUGGCAAGGCCAGAUGAUAUUGUCAUUGCUACAUACCCUAAAUCUGGUACCACAUGGGUUAGUGAGAUUGUGUAUAUGAUCUGUAAAGAAGGUGAUGUGGAAAAAUGCAAGGAAGACUCAAUUUUUUAUAGAGUACCUCACCUGGAAUGCAGACAUGCAGAAUUGAUUAAUGGAGUAAAACUACUAAAAGAGAAGGAAUCUCCUAGAAUAGUGAAAACCCACCUCCCACCCAAGCUUAUUCCACAAUCAUUUUGGGAAAAGAAUUGCAAGAUUAUCUAUAUUUGCCGGAAUGCCAAAGAUGUGGUGGUUUCUUAUUAUUACUUUUUACUAAUGGUAGUGGAUUACCCAAAUCCUACAUCCUUUCAGGACAUGGUGGAGAAAUUUAUGCAAGGACAAGUGAUGUAUGGUUCCUGGUAUGAUCAUGUAAAAUCUUGGUGGGAAAAGAGAAAUAAUCCACAUAUAUUAUUUAUGUUCUAUGAAGACAUGAUAGAGGAUAUCAGAAAAGAAGUGAUAAAAUUGAUAGAGUUCCUGGGGGAAAAGCCCUCAAAGGAACUCGUGGACAAAAUCAUUCAGCACACUUCAUUCCAGGAGAUGAAGAACAACCCAUAUGUCAAUUUUACAACAUUGCCAGCUGACUGUAUGAAUCACGAAAUAUCGUCUUUCAUUAGAAAGGGAAUUGUAGGAGACUGGAAGAACCACUUCACUGUAGCACUGAGGGAGCGAUUUGAUGAACACUAUGAACAGCAAAUGAAGGGCUGCACUCUGAAGUUUAGAGAAGAGCUCUGA